AUGCCGGUAACUGAAAUAAUUCAAAAUGAUAAUAAUCAUCAAUUACAAGCUAUAACUUCAAAUCAAAAUGAUAUUCUACAUUUCAAUAAUAAUAUAAAUAAUGAUUUAAAAGAUCAUGAUGAUUUGAUGGAAGGAAUUGAAGAAAAUGAAUCAAUUAUUGAACAACAAAAUCAACAAUUUCAAAAAUUACAACAAUUACAACAAUUACAGCAACAACAACAAAUAGAACAAAAUAAAGAUAGAGAUGAUAUACCAGAUGAUGAAUUUUCACAAGAUCAAUUUAAUUUUAAUCAGCAAUUUUCAAACAAAAAUAAGAAAGAUAAUGAUAAUGAAGAUGAUGGAUAUUUGAUAGACUCCAAUACUCCCUCCUAUAAACUUGAUAGUGGUAAAGACAAUGUAACUGAUAAUGAAAACUCACAUAUAUUUUCAAAUAAUCAUGAAAUACCUCUUAAACGUCUAAAUACAUCAUCAGAUUUAAAUAAUAGUUCCAAACACCAUCAUAAUAAUACUAUACAAUCUAACGAUAACAACGAACAUAUUCACCAUGAAAACCAUAAUAAUAAUCAUCACAAUCAAUUAUCACCAUCACAUUCACCAAAACAUUCCAUCCAUACACAUUCAAAAAAUUCAAAAUCAUUUAAAAUUAAACCAAAUUAUGAUUUAGAUUAUUUUAAUUCAUUUAAACAUUUAUCACAACAAAAACGUUCUAACCAAUUUUAUUUAAAUUCAAAAUCAAAUAAAAAUAUUCCAAUAUCAUCAUCUAUACCUUCAUUUAAUAAUAAAUUUUUACAACCAAAUGCUCAAUUUAUUGGUGAACAACAAUCAGGAAAAUCAAAAUUUCGUAUAAAAGUUGAAUUUAAAUCAAUUGAUUUAAAAAAUUCUUUAAUAACUGGUUUUUUACAAAUUAAUGGAUUAACAAAAGAUCAUCAAGAAAUUACAACAUAUUUUAAAGGAGAAAUUAUAAAUAAUCCUUUGUUGAAUAAAUUAUCAUCUUCUUCUUCUUCAUCGAGAGUCAAUAAUUUUAAAAAUUAUUCAUUUAUAUCAGAAAAUAAAAAUUGGGGAUCUUAUCCACAAAAUGAUUUUGAACAUUGGAAAAAAUUAACAAAUUCAAUGAAUUUAAAUAAUGAAGAAUUUUUAAAAAAGUUAAAUAAAAUUCAAUUAGGUUUGGAAGGUUCAAAAAAUAUUUAUAUGAGAUGGAAAGAAGAAUUUUUAUUACCUGAUUCAAGAAUUAAACAAAUUCCAAAUGCUUCUUUUGAAGGUUUUUAUUAUAUUGUUUUAAAUAUUGGUGAUGAAGAUUGGAAUUUAGAUGAAGAAGACGGUAAUGAUUUUAAUGUAGGAAAAGAUGAACAAUUAAAUGAAAAAUUUAUGAAAUCUAUUAAAAAAGGUGAUAUAAAUGGUUUAUAUUAUCAUAAUAGUUCUGAAAAAUUUCAAUCUUUAUCUUUAAAUUAUGUUGAAAAUCAUGGUGUUUCAAAUAUAUUUGAUUUUAAUUAA